UGGCGCACCUGACGUUAAACAACCAAGGAGACUCAUCGCAGGCCGGGAAGGAAGAGUCGGUGGCCACAUUCAAGGGGAACGAGUUCUUCUGCUACGACCUGUCACUGACACCCAUCCAAAGCAGCACGGACGAGAUCACGCUUUCUUUUCGCACGCUGCAGCGCAACGGCCUCAUGCUGCACACGGGCAAGUCGGCUGACUACGUCAACCUGUCGCUGAAGAGCGGCGCCGUCUGGCUGGUCAUCAACCUGGGCUCGGGCGCCUUCGAGGCGCUAGUGGAGCCCGUUAAUGGGAAGUUCAAUGACAACGCCUGGCACGAUGUGCGCGUCACACGCAACCUGCGCCAGCACGCAGGCAUUGGACACGCUAUGGUGACCAUAUCAGUGGAUGGUAUUUUGACCACUACUGGUUAUACCCAGGAGGACUACACCAUGUUGGGCUCAGAUGACUUCUUCUACAUUGGGGGGAGUCCCAAUACUGCGGACCUGCCCGGAUCACCCGUCAGCAACAACUUCAUGGGCUGCCUCAAAGACGUGGUGUACAAGAAUAACGACUUCAAGCUAGAACUCUCCCGGCUAGCCAUCGAGCGGGACCCUAAGAUCAGCCUGAACGGAGAUCUUGUCUUCCGCUGUGAGGACGUGGCCGCCCUGGACCCAGUCACCUUCGAGUCCCCGGAGUCCUUCAUUGCCCUGCCCAAGUGGAACACCAAGAAAACAGGCUCCAUCUCCUUCGACUUCCGCACCACCGAACCCAGCGGCCUGCUCCUGUUCAGCCACGGGCGCCCCCAGGGAACUAAAGAGCAGAAACUAGGUCGGGACAAGAAGUCAGACUACUUCGCCAUGGAGCUGCUGGAUGGGUUUCUCUACCUGCUCAUGGACAUGGGGUCUGGGAGUAUCAAGCUGAAGACCAGUAAUAAGAAGGUGAACGACGGGGAGUGGUGCCAUGUGGACUUCCAGAGGGAAGGAAGGAAAGGCUCCAUCUCAGUGAACAGCCGCAGUAUCCCCUUCAACUCCAACGAGGGCAGUGAGAUCCUGGACCUGGACAGCGACAUGUUCCUGGGGGGUCUCCCCGAGGCCCGCUCUGACCUGGUGCUGCCCCCCGAGGUCUGGACCGCCCUGCUCAACUACGGCUACGUGGGCUGCGUCCGCGACCUCUUCAUCGACGGCAAGAGCCGCGACGUGCGCCGCCUGGCCGAGAUCCAGAGCUCCCCGGGCGUUAGCAGCUUCUGCACCCGCGAGCUGCAGAAGAGGUGUAGCAGCGCCCCCUGUGGGAACGGGGGCCUGUGUAAAGAGGGAUGGAACCGCUACAUCUGCGACUGCACCGGCACCGGCUACCUGGGCAGCAACUGUGAAAUCGAGGCGACGGUGCUGAGCUACGACGGCAGCAUGUACCUGAAGAUCAUCAUCCCAGGCACCAUGCACACUGAGGCAGAGGACGUGGCGCUACGGUUCAUGUCCCAACGGGCCUAUGGCCUCCUCAUGGCCACCACCUCCAAAGAGUCCGCCGACACGCUGCGGCUAGAGCUGGACGGUGGCAGGAUCAAGCUGACCGUCAAUCUAGAUUGUAUCAGGAUAGACUGUAACCUCAGUAAAGGACCCGAGACGGUCUUCGCCGGCCAAAAGCUCAACGACAAUGAGUGGCACACGGUGAAAGUGGUGCGCAGAGGAAAGAACCUCCAGCUCUCUGUGGACAACGUGACGGUAGAAGGCCAAAUGACAGGUGCCCACACCCGUCUGGAGUUCCACAACAUUGAGACGGGCAUCAUGACAGAGCGCCGCUUCAUCUCCAUGGUGCCCUCCAACUUCAUCGGUCACCUCCAAGGCCUGACAGUCAAUGGCGUGCCCUACCUGGACCAGUGCAAGAACGGCGACAUCUCCUACUGUGAACUCAACGCCCGCUUCGGCAUGCGCCACAUCAUCGCCGAUCCAGUGACGUUUCGAACGAAAGCGAGCUAUCUAGCGUUGGCUACUUUGCAGGCCUACGCUUCCAUGCACCUCUUCUUCCAGUUCAAGACCACCACGUCGGACGGCCUGCUGCUCUUCAACUCGGGGGACGGCAGCGACUUCAUCAUUGUGGAGCUGGUCAAAGGCUACGUCCAUUAUGUCUUUGACCUCGGCAAUGGUCCGUCGCUGAUGAAGGGCAACUCGGACAAGCCACUCAACGACAACCAGUGGCACAACGUGGUGGUCUCCCGGGACGCCAACAACGUGCACACGCUCAAGAUCGACUCACGCACCGUCACCCAGCACUCCAAUGGAGCCCGCAACCUGGAUCUCAAAGGGGAGCUGUACAUCGGUGGCGUGGGGAAGAGCAUGUACAACAGUCUGCCCAAGCUGAUUGCGUCCCGGGACGGGUACCAGGGCUGCCUGGCCUCAGUGGACCUCAACGGGAAACUGCCAGACCUGAUCGCAGACGCCCUCCACAGGAUGGGCCAGGUGGAGCGAGGGUGCGACGGACCUAGCACCACCUGUACGGAGGACUCCUGCUACAAUCAGGGCGUGUGUCUCCAGCAGUGGGAGGGUUUCUCCUGCGACUGCACCAUGACGUCCUAUGGAGGCUCCUUCUGUAGCGACCCUGGGACAACCUACAUCUUCGGGAGAGGAGGAGCCCUCAUCACGUACACCUGGCCCCCCAACGACCGGCCUAGCACGCGGGCAGACCGGCUGGCGGUGGGCUUCAGCACGCAGCUCAAGGACGCCGUGCUGCUCAGGGUGGAGAGUGCCAAGGGACUGGGAGACUACCUGGAGCUGCACAUAGAACAAGGAAGGAUCGGCGUCAUCUUCAACGUGGGAACGGACGACAUCAUCAUCGAGGAGAGCGCGGUGAUGGUGAGCGACGGCAAAUACCACGUGGUGCGCUUCACGCGCAGCGGUGGCAACGCUACCCUGCAGGUGGACAGCCAGCCCGUCAUUGAACGCUUCCCCUCAGGUCGACAGUUGACCAUCUUCAACAGCCAGGCGUUCAUCAAGAUCGGAGGUGGUGGCGGCGACAAGGCUCGUCACUUCCAGGGCCAGAUCUCAGGCCUCUACUACAACGGGCUGCAGGUGCUCAAGCUGGCGGCCGAGGGCGACCCCAACGUGCAGGCCCAGGGCAACCUGCGGCUGGUGGGCGACGUGCCCUCAGUGCUCACCACGGACACCACCAGCACCACGCCGCUGGCUGACAUGUCCACCACCAUCAUGGAGACAACCACCACAAUGGCUACCACCACCACCCGCAAGCAGCGCUCACCCACCAUGAGGGACAGUGUCACACAGAACACGGAUGACAUAUUGGUAGCGUCUGCUGAGUGUCCCAGCGAUGACGAGGACUUGGAGGAGUGUGAGCCUGGAAAUGGAGGUGAAUUAGUGUUGCCCAUAAUAACUGUGGACUCACUAGACCCCCCCUAUGCCACCCGCUACCCCGUAAUCCCCCCGCCCCCCACCUAUCGCCCCUUCCUCGAAACCACCAAAGAGUCCCUCCCCCUGCCCAACGGUCGCCCCCCCUGCCCACUGGAUCAGGAGGACUGCGAGGAGGCGGGGCCCAUCGAGGUGUCCGCCUACGGCUCAGGCGAGAUGACUGAGUCGGACGACGAGGACUAUUACAAAAACUCCCCCCUCGUCACCGAUAGGACGGUCCUCCCCCCUCCCCCCAACGAGGGCAGUGUCCAGAACCCCCGCGACCGACACUUCUCCCACCGCCCCCCCCUGUCGUCCACCCCCACGGCCAACCCCGACCAGCUAGGUCCCAGGCUCAACAAGCCGGGCGGCAGCAGCAGCAACAUUCCCGCCGGCAAGAUGAACACCCGGGAUCAAGUGCUGCUGCCGCCCGCCCACCCCUCUUCCGACCCUGACCGCCACCGCCACGUCCCGGGCGUAACCUACCCUCCCAAUUUCCCCCAUGUGCCCACCCAAGACCCCACGUCCCCGGAGAGAGGAGGGCCUCCCGGCGCGGUAGAGGUGAUCAGGGAGUCCAGCAGCACCACUGGCAUGGUGGUGGGCAUCGUGGCGGCCGCUGCCCUCUGCAUCCUCAUCCUACUCUAUGCCAUGUACAAGUACCGUAACCGUGACGAGGGCUCCUACCAGGUGGACCAGAGCCGUAACUACAUCAGUAACUCGGCCACGCAGAGCAACGGCACCUUGGUGAAGGAGAAGCAGCCGGGCACAGCCAAGACAACCACCAAGAACAAGAAGAACAAAGACAAGGAGUACUACGUCUGAGACCAGCCAGAAACAGAGGACGAAAGGAGACGCACAGAGAGGAGGAGGGAUGGAGAGGAGGAGAGAGGGAAGGGUUGAAGGUAUAGGUAGGAGAGGUAGGAGAGGGUAAGGCACUAGAUAAACUGACAACUGUAGAGUAAUGAGUAAAAUAUUUGUUGGCAGAGUUUUCUUUUGUUUAGUAUAGUGGUUACCUUGCUGACAAAAUGACCUCCUAGCUUUCCUUCUCAUCCCAUUUAGAGCCUAAAGCAGAGAGAGAAAAGAUGGGAUUGGCACAGAAACAUAUUUAAUUAGAUCUACACAUAGUCCUAUUUUUUCCACAGUUAUUAAAAACACGUGUGAUAUUCUUCAUUACAGUAAUAUUCUUUCUCACAUAGCCGUAUAACCUUUUUUUUGAAAACACAGAGCGACAAAGUCUUGGCUACAACGAAUGGCUGCCAAACCUCGCUCAAAGCAACAUAUUUUGGGCCAACUGCCAGACCCAGAGCUCAUGCCACAAUGGAGCCAGCUAAUCCAGCAGCGUUUUAAAGGGUACAAUCAGAGUUAAGCAUGGUGCUACAGAGACACAGAGAAGAAAGAACCACCAUCAGUGUUAGAGCAGAGGCCUAUUGUUUGGUAUCAGAUGCUAAGUAGCGGGUCUAAACAGCCAAAAAAGCUAACGGAUUAAAUCGUAAAUGUGUUGAUUCUAUCUAAAUAGAUGGGUUUGUAUUGGAAGUUGAAACCUCACUGCUAGCCAAGUAUGAUAACACCAAAUUACUGCCAACAUACAGAAACUAGGUGUCAAAUCUGCCUCCUUCCCUCAUCCAAGAAUUCAAACAUCACCUCACUCCUCUUGUAAAGUCUUUCUCUUUCUCUCCCACUCCGCUUCUCUUUCACUUGUGCGCUCUCUUUCUCUCCCUGUCUGUGGUCCUGAGGAGCUGAUGCGACAUUAUUCUGCUGUGUUUCAAGCAUGUAGUAUUAAUUUACAAAAAAGAGAUGCCUAUUUCUGUGGAGAAAAAAAAAAAAUGAUAAUGCUGUUUGAUAACGUUUAACUAGCGAACCAUGUGUGAGAACAACAAAAACUCCAACCAACCAACGGAUGCUACUUAUUACGUUUUAGCCGCCAAACCAACUUCUGAGAACAAAACCCUGGGUCGUCUUUCAGUUUUCCAACAGAUAGGCUAUCCGUCAUGUGUUCUCUUCUGGGCUCCACACAGCAUUUCACCCUACUGAGCCCACUAAUGCGGAGGAACUAGCUCACAUCGUUACUAUCGAACAAAGACCAGAAACCAACCUCCAGCAGAUAAACUGACUUUGUUCUAAAUAAAUAUAUAUAUGUAUAGACGUUUCAGAGAAAAAAAACCUAUGGACCUAACUGAGAGCGUGUCAUAAGAGAAGAAAUUCACCCGAAUGCGCGUGCAUCAGUGGACUGGGUGAUAGAUAACGAAUAUGAUGAACGAUUGAUACUUUGACGUGAGACCAAUUUCCCCCCCACCCCCACCAAUCAUACAUACUAUGACCAACAUUCAACGACAGUGGGAAACGCAGGUAGAGAUUAAAAUACUUUUUUUGGUUUGCUGUUUUUGUUUAGUUUUUUGGUUUCUUUCCCUCAAAAAUGAGAGACAUUUGAUGGAAAUUGUGAAUUCAUUUGGCAGGGGAGUCCCACUGUCGCCCCCUGGUGUUGGGGGGAAAGCGUACGUUACCUUGGAUCUGCGUUCUUGCCUCUCAUUGGUCAAGACAGAUGACAGCCAAUAAGGGCAAGCCCAGCGAAAAACAUUCAAUGAAAAAAAAAAUUUACAGAACAAGCAGUUCCCUUGCAGAUGUACAAGAACUCUAGUAUUCCAAUUUUCUCAACUCUAUUAAAAAAGAAAACUGUACAAUGAAAAGAAAAGAAAAACCUUCAAAAAAAGUUUGUGAAAUGUCUAAAUAUUUGAAUCUCUCAUCCCAUUACUAAGAAAAUAUGUGUUUUCCCUAUUACCAUUCCUGUUUAGAGAAAACAUUAUGACAAAGAUAAUCAAUUCCGGGAAAUUGGAAAUUUAUAUUUAAUUGGUAAUUGAGCAAAUAUGAUUUGGGUUUACAAACAUAAAACCGUGUUUUCUCAUUGUCAGUACAGAGAAAAUAUAUUCUCCAUCCCUCCUGCUGCCAUCUCAAUCUGUUCUUGUCCCACAUACAUCCCCCUAUCCUUCAUCCCCCUUUACUCACAAUGGCAGAUUGUAUGUUACCAUUUAACUGAAGACCGAACAGGGUUCUUAUCCAUCUUGUAUUUUCUAUUGUUUUAUAUAUAUAUAUCUCUAUAACUGCUAGAGUCUGGAGACUGGCUCCAUCCCACCCAUCCUUCUUCCUCAUCCAGUUUGUUCAGUUUACAUUCCAAUCCAUCCUCCUCCCAGUAUCUUCCUGUUCUUUCUAAAUGUUAUUGUAAAGUGUUCCAGUGAGAUGACUCUAAAUAUGUGGGGAAUACACUUGGUUAUAUACUUCUUA